GGGCCAUUGUUUCUCGCUGCUGCCGAGCUCUAUGUCUCUCCACUGUUCUGUGUCCUCAGCGUGUGUGGCUUCAUGACCUGAAGGUAUUGGGAGAUCCAUAGCUAAGAUGCCAGGACCCCCUGAAAGCCUAGAAAUGGGGCCGUUGACAUUUAGGGAUGAGGCCAUAGAAUUCUCUCUGGAGGAGUGGCAGUGCCUGGACACUACUCAGCAAGAUUUGUAUAGGAAAGUAAUGUUAGAAAACUACAGAAACCUGGUCUUGGCAGGUAUUGCUGUCUCUAAGCCAAAUCUGAUCACCUGUCUGGAGCAAGGAAAAGAUCCCUGGAAUAUGAAGAGACACAGUAUGGUAGUGAAACCCCCAGUUAUAUGUUCUCAUUUUGCUGAAGACCUUUGCCCAGGGCCAGGCAUUAAAGAUUCUUUUCAAAAAGUGAUACUGAGAGAAUAUGUAAAAUGUGGACACAAGGAUUUACAGUUAAGAAAAGACUGUAAAAGUGUGAAUGAGUGUAAUGUGCACAAAGAAGGUUAUAAUGAACUAAACCUGUGUUUGACAACUACCCAGAGAAAAAUAUUUCAAUGUGAUAAAUAUGUGAAAGUCUUCCACAGAUGUUUAAAUUCAAAUAGACAUAACACAAAACAUAUUAGAAAGAAACUUUUCAAAUGUAAAAAAUGUGGCAAAUCAUUUUGCAUGCUUUUACACCUAUGUCAGCAUAAAAGAAUUCAUAUUAGAGAGAAUUCUUACCAAUGUGAAGAAUGUGGCAAAGCGUUUAUCUGGUUCUCAACCCUUACUAGACACAGGAGGGUUCAUACUGGAAAGAAAUCCUACAAAUAUGAAGAAUGUGGCAAAGCUUUUAACCAGGACUUAAACCAUACUACACAUAAGAGAAUUCAUACUGGACAGAAAUCCUACAAAUGUGAAGAAUGUGGCACAGCUUUCUACCUAUUCUCACACCUUACUAGGCAUAAGUUAAUUCAUACUGGAGAGAAACCUUACAAAUGUGAAGAAUGUGGCAAAGCUUUUAACCGAUCUUCAACCCUUACUAGACAUAAGAUAAUUCAUACUGGAGAAAAACCCUAUAAAUGUGAAGAAUGUGGCAAAGCCUUUAGUGUUUUCUCAACACUUACCAAACAUAAGAUAAUUCACACUGAAGAGAAACCCCACAGAUGUGAAGAAUAUGGCAAAGCUUAUAAGGAGUCCUCACACCUUACUACACAUAAAAGAAUUAAUACUGGAGAGAAACCAUACAAAUGUGAAGAAUGUGGCAAAACCUUUAGUAUAUUCUCAAUCCUUACUAAACAUAAGAUAAUUCAUACGGAAGAGAAACCUUACAAAUGUGAAGAAUGUGGCAAAGCUUUUAAACGAUCUUCAACCCUUACUAACCAUAAGAUAAUUCAUACUGAAGAGAAACCCUACAAAUGUGAAGAAUGUGGCAAAACUUUUAACCGAUCUUCAAUCCUUAGUAUACAUAAGAAAAUUCAUACUGGAGAAAAACCAUACAAAUGUGAAGAAUGUGGCAAAGCUUUUAAGCAGUCCUCACACCUCGCUGGGCAUAAGCAUGUUCAUAGUGGACAGAAACCCUAUAAAUGUGAACAAUGUGGCAAAGCUUUUAGGUGGUCUUCACAUCUUAGUAGACAUAAGAUAAUUCAUAUUAGAAUUCAUACUGAAGAGAUUCUACAAAUGUGAAGAAUGUGGCAAAAGCCUCUUCCCUUACUAAAGAAUGUGGCAAAGCUUUUAAUCAGAACUUAAUCCUUACUACACAUAAGAUAAUUCAUCCUGGAGAGAAACCAUACAAAUGUGAAGAAUGUGGCAAAGAUUUCUAUUGAUUCUUUUACCUUACUAAAUAUAAUUUAUAUUGGAGAGAAAUUCUACAGAUGUGAAGAAUGUGGCAAAGGCUUUAAUUAGUUCUCAUCCCUUACUAAACAUAAGAGAACUCAUAUCAUAGAGAAAUCCUACAAAUGUGAAGAAUGUGACAAAGCUUUUAACCACUUCUCAACCCCGCCUACAUAUAAGAUAAUUCAUGCUGGAAGGAAACCCUACAAAUAUGAAGAAUGUCUCAAAGCUUUUUACUGAUUCUUAUACCUUACUAAACAUAAAAUAAUUCAUAAAGGAGAGAAAUUAUACAAAUGUGAAGAAUGUGGCAAAGCUUUUAACAAAUUCUCGUCCAUUUCUAAACACAAGAUAAUUCAUACUGGAGAGAAAACCUACAAACGUGAGGAAUGUGGCAAAGCCUUUAGCCUGUCCAACUUACUGCUCAUAAGAUAGUUUAUACUUGAGAGAAGCCCUACAAAUGUGAAAAAUGUGGCAAACCUUUUAACCAAUCCUCAAUGCUUGUUACACAUUAGAUAAUUCAUGCUGGAGAAAACCCUACAAAUGUGAAAAAUGUAGCAAAGCUUUUAACCAAUUUUCAAACCUUACUAAACAUAAGAUAACUAAUACUGGAGAAAAAUCUUAGAAAUGUGAAGAAUGUGGUAAAGCCUUUAUCCAGUCCUCAGCUCCUACUAAACAUAAUUAAUGAUGGAGAGAAACCGUACAACUGUGAAGAAUGUGGCAAAGCUUUUAACAAGUCCUCAAACCUUAUUGAACAAAAUAAUUCAUACAGGAGAGAAACCCUACAAAUGUGAAGAAUGUGACAAAGCCUUAUUAAAGUUUUGCUAAACAUAAGAAAAUUCAUACUGAAGAAAAACCCUAUGAUUGUGAAAAAUAUGGCAAAGGCUUUAACUAGUCCUCAGUUCUUAACACACAUGAGAUAAUUCAUACUGGAGAGAAACUCUACAAACCAGAAAGAUGUGGCAAUGCUUCUGACAACACCUCAAACUUUUCUAACCAUAAAAGAAAUCAUAUUAGUGAGAAAUCCUAGAAAUGUGGAGAAUGUAACAAAGUAUUUAAAUGGUUGUCGCACUUGAUUAUAGGUAAUAUACUGGAAAAAAUUCCUACAAGUGAGAACAAUGUGGCAAAAUUUUUAACUAAUACAUCUUAUUGCACAGAAAAUCAUUUAUGAGAAAAAUUGUACAAAUAUAGACUAUGAAAAAGACAUCAGUAUCUGCUUACAUCUUAACACCAGAGAGUUCAUGCUUAAUAAAAGCAUGAUAAGUGCAAUUACUGUCAAAAGAUCUUUCAGAAAAUAUUAUCCCUUAAAGUGAAGGAGAGUAUAUUAAAGAUGAACAUUACAAACAUAAAGAAGGUUGUAGUACUUUUACUUGGAUCUUAUUGUCCACAUUUUGUACUAGAGAAAAACUCUGAAGGGGUUGCUCAAACUUUAUUCAACAUCAGGGAAUUUAUAUUGGAGAAUUGUCUUGCAAAUGUAAUAAAUUUGGGAAAACACUUUUUCAAAAACUACAGCUUAGGAAACACCAGAGUUUAUACUAAAAUAUAUUUUCAAAGAUGCAGUAAAAAUAAAAAAAUUCAAUCCAAAUUUAAGUCUAUGUAAAUACCAGAAUUUAUAGUAGAAAUAUAUGAGGAACUGACACUUCUAAUAUUCUAAAUCAGAGUUCUGAGUAUAUAAAAUAAUCUAAAACUAAAGUUGGUAGAAAAAUUAUUUGUAUAUAGUAUAUAUUGCAGAGUAAUAACUAUAUUCAGAUCAUACAUUCUUGAAAAAAUUACAUAUUUUUUGAAAAGCAAAUGAUGUAACUCAGCUCUUUAUUUUCUGCUGUUUCUUCAUUCUUAUUGACUUGUGAAAACAUGUCAUCAUUUGUUGCUGCAUCAGAGGUAUGAGAGAUUCUUUUUCAUUAGGUGGGCAUUAUUUAUUAUCUUUUUAUGGAUGAGUAAGAGUAUUAAAAUGUAAGAUGUAUGAUGAAAA